AUGUCCGAACCAGAGCUCACUCCCUCAAACGUCUCCGAGAUCCUCAAAAAUGACACACGGGUAAAGCUCGCUGGUGUCGACGCGGAUGGCAUGCUCCGCGGCAAACUCGUCUCGAAGAAGAAGUUCCUCUCCGUCGUCGAAGACGGCUUCGGCUUCUGCUCCGUCAUUUUUGGCUGGGACAUGCACGACCGCACAUACUUUCGCGAGCUGGGGAUCAGCAACAAGGAAAACGGGUACCGGGAUAUCCUUGCGAAGCCCGAUCUCACGAGUUUCAGGCGGAUUCCCUGGGAGGACAAUGUGCCGUUUUUCCUGGUGAGCUUUUAUGAUCCGGAUACAAAGGAGCCGCUCUUUGCGUGUCCGCGCGGGUUGCUGAGGGAGGCGCUGAAGGGGCCGGAGAAGGAGGGGUUCAGGGCUAUGGCGGGAGCGGAGUAUGAGUUUUAUCAGUUUGCUACGCCGAAUCGCAAGGCGUCGUCUACAGCUGCGUUUUUGAAGGAGAAUCCGGUCGAGGCGCUGCCGUCGCUCACAGAGGGGAUGUUUGGGUACAGCUUGACGCGUCCGAUCCACAACCAGGAGUACUAUUACGGCGUCUUCGAUGCGUGUGAGCAGUUCAACUGCGAGAUUGAGGGGUGGCACACCGAGAGCGGACCGGGUGUUUAUGAGGCUGCAUUACAAUUCGGCGAGGCCAAGGGAAUGGCUGACAGGGCGAAUCUUUUCAAAUACGUCGUCAAGUCUAUCGGCACGAAACACGGCAUCACACCUAGUUUUAUGGCCAAGCCGCGCGAAGGCUUACCGGGUAAUAGCGGCCAUAUGCACAUCUCACUUGUGAACAGCGACGGCACGAAUGCGUUUUACCGCUCCGAACCAGACCCCAACCCUCCAUAUCCCGACGUGGCUCACCUGUCCGACCUUGGCCGAUACUUCCUCGCGGGUAUUUUGACAGGUCUCCCGGAUAUUAUGCCGAUGUUUGCGCCAACAGUCAACUCCUACAAGCGCUUAGUGGAAAACUUCUGGGCGCCAGUUACAGUAUCCUGGGGUUUGGAGCAUCGGGCCGCAUCUAUCCGCCUCAUUACGCCGCCUACUGCCAGCGCAAAGGCUACCCGGCUUGAGGUCCGAGUCCCAGGUGCAGACUCUAACCCCCACUUUGUGCUGGCGGCGAUCAUCGCAUUGGGCUGGCGGGGUGUGGAGAAGAAGCUCGAGAUCCCGGUUCCCCCGCUCUCAAAGGGUGAGGAUAUGGGCGGUUCGGGCGAUGAGGGAGUCCGACUGGCAAAGAACCUGGGGGCUGCAGUCGCCACAUUUACACGCAAAGACAGUGUCGCACGGGAGGUCUUUGGUGAUGCGUUCGUAGAUCACUUUGGGGGUACUCGAGAGCACGAACUGCGCUUGUGGGAGGAAGCCGUUACCGACUGGGAGGUGAGGCGGUAUAUUGAAACGGUCUAG